AUGUCACCGUCAUCAUCAUCAUCAUUACCAUUAACAGUAGAAGCAGCAACAACAUUAACCGGUAAAAGGUCCGAAUUCCAACGAAUAAAAUCUACCUCAAUGGGAUUAGGAUCAAAAAAAAUUGAUCAAUCCAUCAAAAUAUCAUCAAGCAAUCGUGAUCACCAUGAAAAUCAUCGGUUCAUUUCUUCAACUUCUAGCAUGUUCGGAAGUGAUUCAUCCCAUAAUUUAUUAGCAACAACAAAUAUAUCAUCUCAAAAUUUUGCUAAUUUACAAUCAAAUCAUACUAUUUCAACCAAUGAUUCAUGCUUUAAUAUGCGGAAGAGUGAACAAUUAGCUAAUUUUGAUAGGAACAUCCCGAUGAUUCAUAAGGAUGAUUAUUUAGCUAAUAAUUUUGUACGCUUCUCAUUGCAUCAACCAUUAUCCAUAAUGGAUGCAAAUAUUUUGAAUAAUGUUCCAAUUCAUAUGUUUCCUUCAUCAACUUUAUUGCAUCAUCAUUAUUUGGGAUACCGUAAUAUUCCAUCAACAAUAGAGGUAACUACAGCAGCAACAACAACAACAACAACAACAACAAUAACAACAACAACAACGGCAACAGCAAGCAAUGAUAUUGUAGUAGAGGAAAAAUUAUUGAAUGAAAGAUAUCGUGGUGAGUUAUCAGUUUUGGAAAAGUAUCGUUAUGAUCUUAGUCGAGCACAACUUAAAGCAAGUUCACGAACAUCAGCUUUAUUAGCAGGUUUUGCUAUGGUCGCCUUGGUGGAAUUGCAAUAUGAGCGAACGACGCCUCCUUUUUUGUUAAUAACACUUGGAGUGGUGACAACGCUUCUUGUUUCCGUUCAUCUUCUUGCACUAAUGAUGUCAACAUGUAUAUUACCUUACAUUGAAGCAAAUGGUUGUACGCAAGAUUCACCUCAUAUCCGAUUGAAAUUCUAUAUUGAUCUAUCAUGGUUAUUUAGUACAUGUAUUGGUUUAGUGUUAUUUCUUAUCGAAAUUGGUAUAAUAUUUUUUGUAAAAUUUUACGCAGUCAAUUAUAUUACUGCUGCUUACAUUACCACUGCUAUGCUCAUACCUGUUGUGGUGGUAUUUACAAUAUUCUCAUGCCUUAUACAUAAAAAUCGAUUUAUUCAUUCAAUAAAUCGUGUAGGAUCAAAAGCGAUUGAUUUACAAAAAUUUUUAAACGAAAAUAAUGCAACAACAACAGGUAUUCCGAAUGUUACUACAGCUACAACCAUUGAACGACAUUUGGUAGGUGCUGGUUUACAAGGUGUUCGAAUUGUUCAUCACUGA